AUGAUUUAGCAUGGAGAGAAAUUGGAAGAUAACACGGACUGAGAUUAUAAAAUACUUUUGCAAUGACCUUUACUGUACGGUCAGGACUUGAUGAUAUCCGUAUCAAGAUUUGUCUGCAGAUUACAGCAAACAAGUUUUGGGUACAACCACAGAUUUUUUUUAAAAGUUCCACAUUUGUCGGGACGAAAGAAAGGGGCCUGAAUUCAGAUCUCGUCCGGGUGAAGUUAUUGCCUCCUUCUCUGGCUUGGUCGGCUAGGUUUGUUGCAAGCUAACUAGCUUAGUAGCUAUCUUAACACAAGUUAUUCACAGCUAACAAUAGGCUACACAACUACCAAAUGUAACCAUAUCAUCAGAUUUUUUAAAUGGAAGUUUAAGAGUUAACAUAUUCAUUGAAUCAUCUAUUUUAUUUAACUUUCUAGCCUGGCAAAAACCUGGUAUUGCUGACUAGCUUCCCUGUGAAUUGUAUGGCUUGGCACUUGUUAGCUGGCGAAGUACUGUACAGUAGCUAGCUAGGCUACUAGUACCGCUAACUGGCUAGAAUUUCGUGGUACUAGCUACCACCUCCGGUCUUGACAGGUACACUAGCUUCUAGCCAGAUGUUUCAGCUAUCGGUUACGGGAAAUGUUUUUUGUUGAAUCGACUAUAUCUGUCUAUCUUUGCUAAACUGUUUUGGGGAUAUAAGCACAGCUAGCUAGUACUGGUAGCAGUAGGAAUCUGGCUAACGAAGGUUAGCUGGUUUACGCCAUUCGAACAAUGAGAUCGAACAGGACCCCAGGAGCUGUGUCCUACUAGCUAGUUUUGGCCGGUGAUGCGAUCUUGAUAAUUACAUAUUCGUGUAACCUAGCAGGUCAUCAGUCUGACAUUAUCACAAAAAUAUGUACAUUUUGUUCUCGAGAGUCGAUACUGCCAAAUUACACUUUAUCUUACAGUCUGUUAAUAAGGACUACAACAGUUAGCCAUCUAUCUUUAUUGUCUAGCUAAAUGUUUUAAAACUAGUUUUGGCUGAAAAAAUAUGAGGUGACUUGCUUUGUGCUGGUUAUAUAGUUGGUGUAUCACUCCUUAAAGUUGGAGCGUAUUUAUCUAUUUAUUCAUUUUUACCUCCGGACCUAUUUGAAGGAUGUUUUGCUAUUCAACCCCUCCACCCCAUUCUCGAAGGCCAGCUUGUUCUAAGUGGAAGUACAUUUGACACAUUAGCUAUGUUUACCUUUUUCAUGACAUGACGCCCUGUUGUGAGCUGAAAUAACUUCACCCUGAUCAACAUUCAACUCUACUGGAACUAUACAGAGGAUAAGAAGUUUACCACACACUCCUCCUCCCUGCUAAACCCCCACAUUCUCUGCUUUCCUCACUGGGGCCCAUCUGUACGUUUCCUCUCUGCCCUCUCCUCCCACUUUGUGGGGGGCACCGAGGUGAGGGAAGAUGGGCACCCAGGGCAGCCCAGUGAAGAGCUAUGACUACCUUCUCAAGUUUCUGCUGGUGGGAGACAGUGAUGUCGGGAAAGGAGAGAUACUGGACAGCCUGCAGGAUGGCUCUGCGGAGUCCCCCUAUGCCUACAGUAGUGGAAUUGACUACAAGACCACCACCAUUCUACUAGAUGGGAGGAGAGUGAAGCUGGAGCUGUGGGACACGUCAGGCCAGGGCCGCUUCUGCACCAUCUUCAGGUCGUACUCCAGAGGUGCUCAGGGCAUCCUGCUGGUGUAUGACAUCACCAACCGGUGGUCCUUUGACGGCAUCGACCGCUGGAUCCGGGAGAUCGACGAGCAUGCACCAGGCGUACCCAGGAUCCUAGUGGGCAACCGGCUCCAUCUGGCGUUCAAACGGCAGGUGCCCACCGAGCAGGCAAGGGCGUACGCCGAAAAGAACGGCAUGACCUUCUUCGAGGUCAGCCCCCUGUGCAACUUCAACGUCAUUGAGUCGUUCACGGAGCUGUCACGCAUCGUGCUCAUGAGGCACGGCAUGGAAAAGUUCUGGAAGCCCAACCGAGUGUUCAGCCUGCAGGAUCUGUGUUGCCGGGCGAUCGUGUCCUGCACGCCCGUCCACCUCAUCGACAAGCUGCCGCUGCCCGUGGCCAUCAAGUCCCACCUCAAGUCCUUCUCUAUGGCCAAUGGCAUGAACGCCGUCAUGAUGCACGGACGCUCCUACUCCCUGGCCAGCGCAGCUGGUGGCUCCAAGGGCAACAGUCUGAAGCGUUCCAAGUCCAUCCGACCGCCCCAGAGCCCGCCCCAGAACUGCACACGCAGCAACUGCAAGAUUUCAUAGUCUUAGCCCUGGGGGAGGAGGGGGUGGUGGUGAGUCAGAGAUGAAGGGGGCCUCUUGGGAACAGCUGCCCACCCUGCCACUCUUCCCAGUAGAAUGGAACCCCACCCUACCUGAAGACCCCACAUCUACUCCGAUCCAACCCACCACACCGCCCCCAACCAUUAGGAAAACUUUGAAAAUGUGGAGACUUUUUGAACGAUGGACCUUCUUGUGAACCCUGAAAAAGAGCCCCCUCCCCCCCUUACACAUACACACACACACACAAUAACAAGAUAUAUUAAAAUAUAUAUAUAAUGAAAGACACAUGCUGCCUGCCUGUAAAGAAAUGUAACCAAUGCAUCAAAACACUGUGUCAUUCUCAGUUAAAUUUGAAUGUAACUUUACCAGACACUCUGUACAUCACUGUGUAUCUAUGAGUCUUUUUUGGAGCUCUUGACAUCGUCCUGUAUUUUUUAUGUGAGUUUGGAAACGGAAUCGGUUGGGUCAGGAUGUAAAAAAAAGUGUUGCUUUUUUUCUGCUCAUCCACUGUCGUUUAUUCAAGUUCCAAAGUCUUCCCUUCUUCCUGUGUUGCUAGUUGCAUUGUGUAACCCCUGUGUAACACAGUUGAUUAUUCAACAAUCACUACCUAUAAUAUCAAUGAUAGAACUAAUGACAUAACAACCCUUGUGAAGACGUCCAUUAGCACCAUCUGGUGCCCACUCCACUAACCAUUGCGCUUUUCAAAAUAAGGGCUCUUUGGCAUGACCCCCAGAGUCUAAUGGGCUGUGUCCCUGUGUUCUGACUCGACCAAUUGGUAGAUUCAGUAGCAAGCACCUUUCACUCCAAGUCUGUAGGAAUCCAUCCUGGCUUGUAUUGUAUGGUGCUUGAGCUCUCUCACACCUUCUUAGACCUACCACUGGGGAAUCAUCUGUAAGUUUCUGUAUUGGACUGAAGGCCUCUGGGAGAUGUAGUAAGAGACGGGUUCAAGCCAGCUUUCCAUUCGCAUCACGUUCCCCACAGCCACCAAAGGGAGGCAUUUGGGCACAGACAGAGAUUAAUUUGACUCAGUUUCUUCCCCUCUUGCUUCCCUCUCUUUCUCUCUCCUUCUUCCUCCUCUCGUUCCUCUGGAUGUCGUUCUGGGGAAAUCCUGCUCAGAGCACUUGAUGAAUUUCACAUUUCAUGUCUCACAGUUCCUGCUUGUUACACUCUGCCAUACGUGUGUUGUUGAAUCCCACCCCUCAAGAAUGCUCUUUCCCCAGGAUGUCUUAGGACCACCACAGCCUCAGAGACCUUUACAUACACAAGUCAUACAUGAGCUAUAUCCACAUCACUGCUGGCUAUAUCCUCCUUGUGCCAAACCUGGCCAAUGGACAACCACAACAAUGCAAAUCGUUUGGAUUUACAAUUAGAAGGUAAACAUGGAUUCCUAUUUGUUUCCUAUUGCCAUGUCUAGUUUAUAGUUCUGAGUAUCCCCCAAACUAUUUUCUUGGUUUGCUUUUAUUAUCCCCCACAGUUAAUGAGAUUUCCAAAUGUUUGUUCUUUAGUUCUUUCUCUCUGGUCAAAACAUGUACCCAGUGUUAGAUAUACAGCAUGUGGAGGAAGUUUUUUUUAUUUUAAUAAGUCAUAUUUGAGGCUGCUUCUUCAACUUUGAUUAAACCAUGGCACAGGCUCUGUUUCAGUGAUAUGGAAUGAGAGAGUGCCCAAGUGAAGGGUAUGUUGAGGUACUAUUUAGCAUAAACAAAGCACAGUCUUUUACAUCUUAUUCUGCUCCAUCCAUUUUGCUCCUUCCUUCUUCACCUCUGGUUUCCUCCCCCUCUUGCCUCCUCCGUUCCAUCCUUGUCACUUUGUUCUCCCUAUGCACUCUUUCUCUUUCCUCCUCUGCUUCAGAUCUGUGCACUGACUCCCCUACUGUCCCAUUAUUAAUUGCUCCUGAGUAAUACAUUUUUUUGUUUCUCUCAUAGAUCUCUGGAGUUACUUUUAUAUAUAUAUUUUUAUACAGUCAGACCCACUCCCCCCUUCUCUUUCUCACUCUUCCCUCCCCCUCUCACUCUUCCCUCCCCCUCUGUUCCAGCAUCAGCGAACUAGCCUUCUGCUACUUUCUCGCCAUCCUGCAUUUGUCUACUGGAUCACUCAGACUGCUCGUUUCCCCCUCCAUCAACCACAGGAACCGCCGGUCCUCUAAUAUAUUUGUGUUUUUUUCUUCGUCCUUUGUUGUUUACUCCUUCCCGUCUUCCUUCUCUUGAUUCCUACCUCCAACCCAUGUGCCCUGUGACGUCAUACCCCGUUCAGUAAACCACAGAUUGUCCAGAGUGUUGUGUUGGGCCUGAACCCUGGGCUUCUGCUAGGUUAACCCCCACUCUGUUAUCUCAGGGAGUGGCCCUUGCCUCAAACUCCAGAAUCACCCAAUGAAGCCUGCAGGCUCCAGGAAACACGUUUCCAUUUACCAACCAUUGAUUUCAAUGUCUGAUUACACUUUGUGACUUUGAAUCUUAUGUUGGUGGGGAUCUUAACCUGUAUAAUCUGGGCCAUAAGGCCGAGUGGUGAUUCUGACACAAAGGCCAUUUUGUUUUAUCUCUUACAAGGGCUGCAAGUGUACCCCUUUCCCGCUAUACUGUACGUGUGUGAUGAUGAACUAGUUUUAACUUGUAUUUUAGUUAACUUUCUUACUUGUCUUAACCCUUGUGUUAUCUUCGGGUCAUUCUGACCCAUCAGUCAUUGUGACCCACUGUCGUAUUGCGACAAAUUUACCUCAUACAAAAACAAAGUGAAGCAUUUUCUUUUAACUGUCGGGCUGUCUCAGACCCCCCACAUUGCAAUGGUUAAAAGAAAAUUAUUUUUAUUUGUUUUUGUAUUGGGUGAAAUUGGGUAAACACAACGAUGGUUCGUUGUGAACCUUUGGGUCAUGUGACCCGAAGGCAGCACGAGGGUUAAGAGGCUACUAUAUAUAGCCAACUGGCCUGCUUGUGCUCAUUUGAUUGCUUGACUGCCUCCAGUAUUGUAAUGUAUGAAUGAACUGAAAAUAACUUUCACAAUGCCUGACACUUAUUUUUCCUUUGAAAUAAGCUUUUGCUCUCCAGAAGCCUACUUUUCUGUGUUAAUAGGAAAGGUUGUUGUGUUGUCUUUUGCCUGGAUGGGAGCCACCCAGUCAGCCAUUUUAGUCUGUGAAGCGGAGGGGGUGGUGAAGGUGCCAUUUGUGGUGUUGCACAUCAUAAGGUGUAGUACACGCCUUCUGGAUCGACCUUUUUUUAACAAUUUUUUCCUUUAAUUUAAAACUUUUAUAAUUUAUCGUGUUUUUUUUCCAAAGCACCUUUCUUGAUGUUGAACUUAUUAUACUGUCUGACAUUGCUUUGUUUCCCGAAGGGACUUUUAUGGAUUACAUUUUUUAUUUAAUGCAGAUUGAAGAAUGUGCUAUGUGACCUCAAUGUUAUGUCAGGGCUCCUUCGGGCUGGCCACAGAACUUUUCAGUUGUAUAAGGGACAAGUGUUAUAAGCAAAUGUGAUGGUGUAAACACUAAUUUUCCUUUGGUUGAUGCUGCUGAGUAACUUAAUUGAGGAGUAAGCAUGUGUUCUGAAAAUAAGAUGAACAUUUGUUUUUAAAUUAUUGAUUGUACAGUUUCUAGGCUACGGUAUGAAAGUCUUUUUCAAAAUAAAAGUGUUAACGAUGUCAUCAA